UGCUCUUCUCAUUGGGGGGGAGGAUCCUGGAGGUAGGCGUGGCUCCGCUUCCGCCGCGCGGUGCCAUUUCCGUCUCGUGGCUCGACUUCCGCCACGUGACCGUACCCACUUCUGGAGGACUGUCCAAGAUGGCGGCGCCCAGGGCGCUGGCGGCAGCGCGGCGCGCUGUAGUGGCCGCUGCACGCGGGCGGCGUUCAGCGGGGACCGGAGCCGCUCCUCGGGGCCCGGCGGAGCGGAGCCGCCUCUACGAGCACGUGCGGGAGGGGCUGAGCGCGCGGCCGCAGCUCGAUAUGGCGGCGCUGAGCGCGCACCCGGCGGAGGCCGCGCGGGACCUGGAGCGGAGGCGGGGACCGCUGCGAGAGCGCGACCUGCGAGAGAUCCUGCAGACCUGGGCCCGCCUGGAGGAGGUGCGCGCUGCCAUCGCCCGCCUUGAAGCCGAGAAGGGGAAGGUGGCCCUGGCAGUGCAUGCCCUGGUGGCUGCCCACGCCAAGGACACGCUGCAUGCGGUCCCUGAGUACACGGCGCUGCGGGAAAGGGGCCGUGCGGUGCGGCUGCAGCUGAGGGCACUGCUGGCAGAGGAGGCGGCACUGGAUGAGCGCUUCUACCUGCGGGCGCUGCAGCUGCCCAACAGCACGCACCCGGCAGCGGUGAGCAGGGGAACACGGGGGGUGGGGGAUGCUGCAGAACUCCUGACCCCCCUGUCCUCCUGCAGCCUGUCGGUGAUGAGAGCCAGGCCCGCGUGCUGGAGGUGGUGGGGGAGAAGCCAGGCUUCCUCUGUCCCGGCAGCAUUCGACUUCCAGCCUAAGGGACACCUGGAGCUGGGCGAGGAGCUGGACAUCAUCCGCCAGCGGCGGCUGUCGCACAUCUCAGGUCACCGCUCCUAUUAUCUGUGCGGGGCAGGCGCGCUGCUGCAGCACGCGCUGGUGCACUUUGUGCUGGCCAAACUGGUGCCCAAGGGCUUCCUGCCCAUGACGGUCCCUGACCUACUGCGCGGCGCUGUCUUUGAGGGCUGCGGGAUGCAGCCCAACACCACCCCAUCGCCUGUGUACUGCAUUGACCCGGCUCGCUUCGAGGACCUGUGCCUGGCCGGCACCUCCGAGGUGGGAAUUGCAGGGUACUUCAUGGACCACGCGGUGCAGCUGCAGGACAUGCCUAUCAGGAUUGUCUGCUCCAGCACGUGUUACCGUGCAGAGACCGACACGGGCCGAGACCCCUGGGGACUGUACCGUGUGCAUCAGUUCACCAAAGUGGAGAUGUUUGGGGUGACGGCGGCAGAGAGCGGGGCCGAGAGCGAGGUGCUGCUGGAUGAGUUCCUCACGCUGCAGAAGGAAAUCUUCUCGGAGCUGGGGCUGCACUACCGUGUCCUGGACAUGCCCACACAGGAGCUGGGGCUCCCUGCGUACCGCAAGUUUGACAUCGAAGCCUGGAUGCCAGGACGGGGCAAGUAUGGGGAGAUCUCUAGCACCUCCAACUGCACUGAUUACCAAAGCCGGCGGCUGAAUAUCAUGUACAGUGAUGGGGCUGGGAAGCUGCGCUAUGCGCACACGGUGAAUGGCACGGCCUGCGCCGUCCCCCGGCUGCUCAUCGCCCUUCUGGAGUGCAACCAACUGCCGGAUGGCAGUGUCCGCGUGCCCCCUGCCCUGCAGCCUUUUGUUGGUCAGGAUGUCAUCACGCGGCCCCCAGCCCCGCUACUGCGCUACAUUGGCCCCAACCAGCCUGGGGGGGGACAGGGGGUGUCUUGAUCUUGGGGAGGGGCCUGGGUGGGCCACCAAGCGCAGGGACACAUGGACACAUGUUCCCUCCUACGUGCUUGUGAGCCUCUGAAAUAAAUAAGUCUUGUACCUCUA